UCCUAACGGACGGUACAGUUGAUACCGUUCUCUCUUGAUUUGAAUCCUGUAGCCGGCACGCGUGACAUUUGAAAAUUUUUGAAUUUCUUUUUUUUCAAAAACAAAUUUUAAAAAAUUGUUUUAGAAAAUUAUUUCUAUUUAAUAGUGUUUUUCUAUUUUUUCGAAAAAAAUUAUAUUUUGAGAUUUAAAAACAAAUUUUUUUGGUGAACAUUAUUUUUUGUGUGUGAAUGAACUUUAAAUAUUGAUUGAAUAGGGAAUUUAUAAAUAUUUCCUAAGUGUGUUCUUUAUAGAAAGAGAAAAGGGCACGCGAGGGAAACAGUGGCACCGGAGGCAAUUUCUGACUUUACACUCGGUGGCAUUUUGCAGGAAAGUGGAGCGAGUGCGUGAAACCGUGUCUCGGGAGGAAGGAAAAAUAUGAGCAUCUCGUGAAAUCGUUGGGCACGUGUCUUCAGCUACUUAAGGGAGAGACAAAGAUGGAGACCGAGGAGCUCACAAGACUCGUCGACGGCAUCUAUAAGAAUAUUCUGGAAAAAUUCAAUCCUGGAGCGAGGCAAUUGAUCAAUGCAGGGAAAGCGUAUCUCAAGGCUCUUCAUGGAGCUGCUGCCGCUUCACGCGUCUACGUGGAUGCUUUGUCCAGGUUAGCCCGACAGGCACAGCUGGGCACCUGGGGUGGUUCGCAAGAUGUCGGAUCGGCUCUGAUGAGGAUCGUCGAGGUGUACAAGGAAAUUCAGGAGCAGGAGAUGAAUAUCUUAAAGGCAUUCUAUGUCGAUUUGUUGGUACCACUUGAAACUAAUUUAGAGAAGGAUACUAAAGUUGUUCAGAGUGAGCAAAAAAAAUUUCUCCAGCAACAUAAGACAAGAUCUGAGACUUAUAGUAAAGCAGCAGCAACGAUGAAAAAGCAAAGAAAAAAGUCAAGAGGUGCCAGUAAGAGUGGACUUGCCAUGGACAAAGAGUUGAAGAACAUGCAGAUUCUUGAAGAGGAAAAGUCAAAGCUUGACGCCUUCUGUGAACAGAGUUUGAAGAACGCAAUGACACAAGAGAGAAGAAGGUAUGGGUUCGUGUUGGAGCGGCAAUGUUCCUUGGCAAAGCACUACGCAAGUUUUCAUGAAGUGGCUUUGGCUGCACUUCAUCCCUCUGUCGAUGAGUGGCGUGAAGUGGCAGCCACAAGAGAGUACCUGCCACAGUCUGUUGAGGAUAUGUUCGCCUCGAGAUUAAGGCAAGUUUCCUUUUGGCCGGACGAUGAAGAAAAUGGAGGUUCUGAAUUGACAAUGAAUUCACAAUUGCGAAAGACAAGGAGCAUGGACAGUUCUUGUUUGGAGCUUCGAUUGGGACCAUCGCCUGGAAAUUCAACUUUGGUUCAUCAAAGUGGACCACCUCAUCUUCCACCGGCUUUGUCUAGGGCGCGAUCUGAAGCCAAUCUUCAUGCAUCGUCUCUUUCACUUGGACCAGAGGUUCCGGAAACACCUCCACGACCAAGAUCCAUGGCACCAGCAUCCCGCAACAGUGCCGUGGUUAUGAGCACUGGAGUUGUUGCCGGAGGAUGGGGCGAUGCUCCUUUAGCCAGGGCACUCUUCGCUUAUCUCAGCUCUGGAGAAAAUCAACUCAGCUUUUUAGAAGGAGAUCUCAUUGCUCUGAUGGGCGAUAGACAAAAGGGUUGGCAGUUUGGUGAGAAUCUUCGUACCCAGAGUUCAGGAUGGUUCCCUCUGGCAUACACUGAAGUGAUCAUUGACGAAAAUUUAGGAUCACCGAAUCACAGCUCGAAUAAUGGACGAACACCAGAACCGCGAACAGUACCACCGUGUAAACCACCACCCACACGACCACCAAUGCCAAGUAAUGAUGAUUUGUCUUUGGGCCAUGGAAUUAAUAGUAAUGGCAAUGCCAAUAAUGGAACUCCUACCAAUGUGCCAAAAAGUAAUAGCGCUCAUAAUAUUACAACUCCAACAGCACGUCAACAAAAAGCGAUCCGUCCAUCCGGUACUUUGCCGACAGUUUUAGCUGGUGGCCGUAGAGUACAACCGCCAGUCCCUCCUGUUCCACCUCCUCAGGCUGUUACUUCACUUCACAGUAGUAAUGAUAGUGGAUUUUCUAACGAGCCACCAGUUCAGCCAGAUAUUGAUUACAGCGAUGACGAGGCCAUGAGACUGCGACGCAGAAAGCCGCGCGAGGCCGACCGUUCCAAAAAGCAGCACCAAAAGCAGAAUCAGCAACAACAGCAGCAGCAGCAACAACAACAACAACAACAACCAAAAGAUGAAAAGGCGCCAAGUGGAAAAAAUUGGGAGAACGAUUCUUGGAAAUCAAUACCAAGGGAUGAGAAGAGUUGGCAUCUUUAUAGAGCUGCAAUGGACAUAUGGGCCAAUUCAAAUGUUCAAGAUUGCGAGAAAGCUGAGUCUGGACGUUAUUCAUCAGGACGACGACACGAGACAACAACAGAUGAUAAUCGUUCAUUUGUAAAUGGAUCAUCAACAAAAAAGGAGAAGAAGCAGGAUAAAUCAAAAAGUAUUGAAAAUCGUCCGAAUCCGAAUAAUAGAAGUAAAUUUUCCCGUGAUGAAAAAAUGAGAAGUUUCAAUAGUCGAAAUGGUGAGUCGACAAAAAUUGAAAGUGAAGAUGACAUUGAGGUCGAGGAAGAAGAAGAGGAGGAAGAAGAGGAAGAUGAGACCUAUGGUAAUGGUAUCGAAUAUUCCGACAAAUAUGAGAAUAAAAAAUACUACAACGAACAAGAUGAAACAUCUCGUCGGGGUUAUCGAACUACUGAACGAGAUGAGACCAAGUAUAAUAAGAGCUCUUCAAAUUCUUCUACUUCAAAUUCAGAUGACGAGAGUACAAUAACAAUUCCAGAAACAGGAAGAAAAGUUGAACAUAUCGCACAAAAAUUGGAGCAAACGGCACAAAAAUAUGCAAGAGAGCACAGUCCACCAAAAUUUAAUGAAAGAAGAUCACGUGAAGAGAAGCAAAAUAAUUAUGAAAAUUUUAAUGAACGUGAAAGAAGACCAAGAAAUUAUUAUGAAAAAUCAGCAACAUUGGGCUACGAUAGAGAACGUAGUUUUGAAAAGAAUUCCGAAAGAAAUAGAAACGUUGAACGUUUAUCGACGCGUCGUUUUGAAAGACCACGACCACCAUCAGUCGAAGCUCCCGAGAGACCAACUGAUCAACAACGAACUUUUCGCGAACGUCGCUAUUCAGAGAAGGAGGAGAUUUAUGGUGAGACCACACGAUACAAUAUUCGUGAUCCACCAAUGAUUGAUAAGGAUCGUGGUUAUGAAUCAAACUUUGAAACAAAGUUAGAACGAAAUAAAGUGAUUGAACGCCAUGGCUAUCAUCCAACUGAGAAAAUGGAAAAUGAUACAAACAAUAAUACAUUGAAGAAUGAUAAUCGAAAACCACUUUUACCACGACAAAGUACAGCAAUGGGUCAUUUAAUACAAACGGGUCGUGUUUUUGAUGUAGACACAACAAAAAGUCCAAAAUUAGUUAAAAGAACAAAAUCAUUUUGGCGAUUUAGACGCGAUUCAGAAGUACUCGAAGGAAUGGCACUGUGGCAACAUCGAUCAUUAGUUGAUAUUCCAAAAAUGUUGAAAAAAGAAAGUAAGGAUGAAAAAAAUCAAACAAAUGAAUCGUCACGAAAAUCGAGUUUUGAAGAGAGUACCGAGCAUCGUACAUUGGAGAAAAAAAAUAGUGAUUCAACAAUUACUAAUGAACGACUCGAACCAAAAGCAGCUGAACGUAUGCAUGUACCGGAGAAAACGGAUUUUUUCGAUGAUUUUCCAACACCUGCGGAGAGACCAAAAAUUAUUGAAAGAUCCGAAUAUCGUGAAAGACAACAACAACAGCAACAACAACAACAAGAGAGAUCAUAUUUUGUUGGUAAUGUGUCGCGUAAGGCGAUUCUUGAAAAUGAAAGAAAACGAAGUCUUGAAGCAAAGAGAAAUUUAAUUGUCGCUGAAUUAAAGGAGAAUAAUGAAGCUAAAAGAAAUGAUCGAAGAAAGAAACCAUAUGGAGAUGAUGACGAUGGUUUAAUGCAAAAUUUCACCGAAACAGAAGCUUCCGAUGAGGAAUCAACUUACAGUUGUAUUAUCGUCAAGGAUCAAGUUGCUGAGAAAACACUUUUGCCAAGGACAAAAUUAAGAAGAGACAGUGAUCGAGAGAGAGGCCGUGCCAGAGAACGUGAGAAAAAUACCUGUGGACCAUGGUACGAUUUAUGGGGUGUCGAUCCAUCUGUCAACAACAAAAAGAAGAAGAAGAAGUAACAACCGAAAUACCGAGACAUUUUUUUUUUUUUUUUAACUUUUUGAUUUUUUGACAUUGACAAUUGUGACCGUAUUUUUUUUUUUUCAUUUCGAAUUGAUAAAAUGCAAAUUAUGUGCUCCAAGUAGUUUACAAAAGUUUGUCCUUUUUUGCCGAGAAGAAAUUUAAGUUUUAUAAAUACGUUUACAAUUUUUCUAUUCAAAUUGACUUUAGUUGUAUUUUGAAAUUUAUGUAAAGUUCCUACAGCACAGAAUGACAAAUUUUCAGGUGCUAUUUUUUUUUAUUGUCCUCGUUUUUUUGUAACAAAAUGUUGUCGCUAUCAAUGUUAGUUUCAUGAAAAAAAUGCCUUUUUUGUUUUCGUUUGCUUUCGUAGAUGAAUAUUCUGUAUUUUUAGGGUAAUUUUUUUCGAUUUCAAUAUAAUAUUUUCCUAGGAUGAGUUUUUCCUUAAAAAAUAAAAACAUUUUUAGAAACAUUUUUAUCGAAGGCGUAAAAAAAAAAUUUCGGUUUCUUUAAGAGUAAAUUGGGAACUUAUGUUUCUAUGGGACAAUGUGUAAUGAAAAUAAAGACACGUCCCAGGACACGGGAUUCUUAUUUACUUGUUUUGUUCUCACUUUUUUUUUCUUUUUUCGUUUUGUUUGGUUCCGCUCGACUCUCUUCCGGCGUCAUAACGUUCGGCAACGUGUCGUUUCUUUUUUUUUUUUCUUUUGUCUUUCGUGUCUAGUUUUCCUUUUUAUGAGAGUGACACACCUCGGGGCUUCACUCAUUUACUAACAUGGCCUUCUUUCAGGAGCAACGUCUUUUCCACAGUGAAGCUGCGGAAAACGAAGACCAAUGACCGAUCCGCACCAGCUUUAUCUUGAAAUAAGUCACUCAUAUAGAAAACUAUCUUUUUAAAAUAACAAAUAACACCAAUUUUUCUUGCCUAUUUCCAAUCUCUGUAUAUAUGAGAGAAAACACUUCGGGUCUAUGUAUUUAUCAAUUAUCAAAUCGUUAGAUCUCGUUUUUCAGUUAGAUAAAAAAAAAAAAAUUUAUAAAAUUUUUAAAUCUAAUAAAAAUAACAUAGACAACAAUCCUUUUAACUAAUGUAAGUUUUUACAGUAAUUCGACACUUUUAUAAUAGAUGAGAUUUAUAAAAUCUCGAAAUUUCUUUUUUGAUAAAAGUUUUAAAAAUCAUUUUUAUUUAUCUAUAAUUUAGUAAUAAAAAUAAUUUCAUUUUUUUUUUUUUUUUUUGUAAAAGUGUUGAAUUUCUUAAUAUAGUCUAUAGUGUCUCUAAAGCGUCAAGUGGCGAGAGAUAAAUUUUGAGAAAGUGAUUUGCAAAAAAAAAAAAAAAUCUUUUUCCACUCUAAAAAUUUCGACGAUUAUAAAGAUAUAUAGAAAAAAAAAUCUCUGCAAUUAAAUGAAAAUUGAAACAUUUUUCAAAAUAAAAUAUUCCACUUUUGAAAUCGUUUACAUUUACAAACUCGUAUCUACAACACUUUACAUAAAAACGAGCGACUAAUAAUCAAAUAAGAAAAAUUUAUAAAAAAUAUAUAGAAAUUAUUGUAAAACAAUUUUAAAAGAGAAUCAUAAAAGUUAAAAAUGAAGCUGUCCUCAAAAAAAAAAAAAAAACAUCAUUUUCGUCCGCAUUUUCUAAAACAAAGCUUUUUUAAAACAUUUUUAGAAAUAUUUUUUUAAAAACAUUGGACCAAUCAAUUAGUGGAAAGUUCUUUUUUUUUCAUUCUUGACGAUCCGUCCAAGAAGAAUGCGAAAAUUUUGAGGUCGCACACUGAAAAAAAAUUCCAAUACUCGAUUACUUUACUAUUAUCAAAUAAAUAUUUAUUUGUAUCAAAUAAUUAUUAUUUGAGAUGGUUUUUUUUUCAAAUACAGAAAUUAUUGGUUCAAAUAAAAAUUAUUUAGUUUAAGUAAAUAUUUUAUUUGAUAAUCGAGUAUUUGAAUCAAAUAAAUUUUUUAUUCAGUGCAAAAACCGAAUGUUAAUUUAAUUAACGUUUGAUUUGAGGUGAAAUAUUUUAGUAAAUUUGUCGAAAUUUAUGAAAAGGAAAAACUUAAUUUAAAUUUAUUAUUAUUUAUUAAAAUAGUAAGAAAAUAAAAUGUUAUCUUCAAUUUUUUUAAUUUUCUAGUAUUUUGUUACAAAAGAUAUUCAGUAGUAAAAGUCAGUUUUAGUCAGACUUGGAAAUUCUCGUAAAUUCGAUUAGUAGUUAAAGUAAGUUAUAAUCAGACUUGAAAAUUCUAAAUUUGUUAGUAGUAAAGUCAAUUAUAGCCGAGACUUGGAAAUUUUUUGUAAAUCAGUAGUUAAAGUCAACUAUAGUCAGACAUUGUUUUUUUUUUGUAAAUGCCAAUUUCAAAAAAAUUUGUCAAAAUUCUAAUUUUCCUUACAUCAGUAGUACAAGUCAAUUUUACUGAAACUUACCAAAUAAUUUCUUUUGAUAUUAGUAUAGUAAAAUUUGUAAAUAUUUUUUUUUUUUGGUUAUUUUUGAACAACUAGAAUUUUCAUAGAGAACAGAAUGGAAUUUUUUUUUAUUGUAAAUCUUUCUUUUUUCACAAAACUUUUAUCAAUUUCGACAGAUUUAGUAAUAUUUUUGCCUCAAAUCGAAUUUGGCCUUUUUUUUCGCGCAAUUUCAAAAAAAUCGUCCAGUCUCAAUUACACACAACCCCUCGCACACAAUCCAUCAGUUAGAUUGUGUCACGUCUUGGCGCGUGUCGGGCAAAGUCGAGCUUUCGCGGACUCUUUGCCGCCGCGCCCAUUUCCAGAAAGCCAACAAAAUGAAAGUUUCAUCUCGCAAGUUGUUAAAAGACUUUUACCGCUCUCGUAUAUAUAUAUAUAUAUAUAUUAUAGUGGGUUGUCCCUCUUGCUCAAAAGGGGCUCGUAAAAUUUCAACUCUUUUUUUUCCCCCUAUGGAGUUUUUUUUCUAUAUAUGUGUGUGUGUAACUUGCAGCAAACUACAUCCCAUAUCUUCGUUUGAAGGAAUAUCCUCUCGUUUGCCCUUCAUAUAUAUGAUCUUUAACUCGUCCUGCGAGGAUGUACUGACGAAAAGCUACCUACUAUCAUUUUUGUUGCGAUCAUAAAAACAACCCCGCAAACUCGAGGGAUGGAAAAAAAAAGUUUGCGUUCAACUGGAUCAUUUUCCCUGAACGUGUUUUUUCUCUUGAGUCCUUUUUUCUGUUACCCUUCGUAUUUCUCUCCUGAGAGUGAAUAAGAGAGAGAGAGAGAGAGAGAGAGAGGGGGGGAUGACCUUCGAUUCUGACUCUUUCAGAGACAGAAAAUUUCACUUUGACAAAAUUGAAUCUAUUCAACUCUGAAUUUGUCGGUCGAUUCAAUUUUCUCUUCUCACUCUAUAAAGUCAUUUAAAUUUCAUUUUGAAAAAAAAAUCAAAAUAUGUCACAAACGUGGAGAAACUUUCUGAUAUUCUCGUAUACUGAAAAAAAAAAAUUAUUUUGAUCCAAAUAAUUGAUUACACUUGACUAUAUUAUAUCUGAUAAAUAUAUUUAUGAAUAAUUUGUGUUAAUGAAAUUUUAUUUGUUUCUAAUACAUAAUAGAUUUAAAUAAAGUUUAUUUGAUUCAAAUAAAAACUGUUUGAUGCAAAUAAAAAUUAUUUAAUACAAAUAAAAAUUGUUUGAUACAAAUAAAAAUUGUUUGCUACAAAUAAAAAAUUAUUUGGUACAAAAUAAAUUUUUUUUUUUUAAAUAAAAAUAAAAAUUAUUUGAUACAAAUAAAUAUUUAUUUGAUAUUAGUCAAGCCACAAAGUAGUUGAGUCAAAUAAAAAGUUAUAAUAAAUUCGGUCAAUUAACCGAAUAGUUGAUUCAAAUAAAUUUUUUUUAUAUAUAUAUAUCAAAUUUUGUAAAUUUGGAAUUUAUUUUUAAUUACUUGCUUAAUUAGAAUAUUUUUAAGCGGGGAAAUUGUCUUAUAAAUAUAUCUUUAAAAAAAAAGUAUUUCAGAAGAAAAUAUUAAUUAAUUUUUAAAAUCAAACGUUUUAAAUUUUGUACAAAAAAAAAAAAAAAUCAAAUUUAUUAAAAAUAUUUAAUUAGUAAAUUUUUCAAAAAAUAGAUAGAAUGUUUUUACAUAAAAAAUGAAAAUCAAAAAGCUCGAUGACAAAAUAUAAGAUGCUUUGAAAAAAAAAAUUUUAACAUUUAAUAAAAUCUGUGGAUUUUUCUAAUUUAUAAAUCCCCCUCUUUUAGAGAAAAUAAUUUCCAUUUAAAUCCACAGAAGAAAGAUUUCAGAAUUCGUUUUAAACAUUUUUAAAAUGAAUUACUGAUGAACUAAACAACAACAACAAAAAAUAAUAACUUUUCAUGAAAUUGAAAAGAUGUGUGUGUGUGUGUUAAAAAAAAUAAUUUUUCGUGAAAUUAUUUUCCUGCGAAUGAUAGGAUAUAUGCUUUGAAAAUUUUCCAUGAGAAAUUUGUGUUAUAUAUAUAUACAAAUAUAUAUGGGUGUGUGGAUCAGUUUUGGUUUGAAGUAAAGGAGAUGCUUCGCAUUCGCAUUCAAAUCUCCCCUCGACAUCGCUUUCACCGACAAGUUUGUUUAUAAACCAGACACGAGAGAAUAAUAAUCGGGAUGCUGUUUAAAUUCGAAAAACCCAAGGUUCGACGCUCGCUUGGCUUUUGUAUGAUGCACCCACAGUCGAGCCACGCAAUUUGUCAAUGAAACUGCCAUAUAUCGAUCAUAUAUAUUUUCAAAAAAAAAAAAAAAAAAAAUCAUAAAAUAUUUUUCCAAUCACUAUUUGCACUUGUAAAAUUCUGACUAAUGACGAUUUGGGAUUUUUUUUUUUUGACAGGAUAAAUAAUUCUCGAAUAGAAAUUAAUAUUAAAUCUCCAGUAGAAAAAAAAUUGAUCUGUAAAAUAUAAAUCACGUACUAUUUAAGAAAACAUGUUUUUGCUCAACAUAUACAAUGUAAAUAUUUUUUCUGCUUUAGAAAAUAGUGAAUAAAAAAAAAUUUAAGUACGUGACUAGAAAAAAAAAGAUCCUGUCUGGGGAUUUAUACAAAUGAAAUACUGUGGCAAGAAAAAAAAAAUUGUUUGAUACUUUGUAUAGUCCUGUUAUGAAAAGUUUUGUGAAAAAAGUAGCGUCACAACUAUAUAAGACUUUUUGUCGUACUCAUAAAAAACUUCGUUUCCCCCUCUCAUUUUUUUUCUAUCUUACAUACACACACACACAAAUAUUUUGUCUCUCUCUCUAUAUAUUUUCCCAUCGAUUCAUAAUAUUCAACAGAAAAACUUUUACUGUGAACACAAAAAAUGAGAUUUACGGUGAAAUAAGCAAAAUUUACUAUAUAUAUAUAUAUAUUGAUAAAAUCAUUAUGUUAUUGUAAAUUUCUUCUUUUCUUAUGAAAUCAAGAUUUAUGUUAAGUUUUAAAAAUUUCGGAUCUUAUUUAUUUAUAAACAAAAUAUUUUUCAUGG